AUGAAUUUAAAUGUAUGAAGUACUUUAUGGAGUAAUUAGUUCCUGGUCAGAAUUUCCAAGUCACAAGAUAGCACAAGGGAAUCUUAGCCAUGAAAUACUGUGGGCUAAUCGCCAUGAUAAAAAAAUCUUACAACAAAUGAUUUUUACUUUCUAAAAACAGUUGUAGUGCUGCAGAGAUAAGGAGAAUGGGAAAAGAAGGCAGAUAAGGUUGUUUGUCUUUUGUUUUUUUCUCUCUCCCUCUCUAUCCCCUUUCUUUCACCAUUUUUUACACUACUACACCUGCUCUCUCUCUUCAAACGGAAGAAGUAGCUGAUUAUUGGCAGCCAUGUUAGGUUCCACUACACUAAAUCUUGGCUCUUUGGGCAGCCAGUUGCUCUAUUCUCCCCCACACAAUUCCACAAAGACCUUCCUACUUUCACCAACUAAACCUUUCUUGAAAUCUCCCAACCCCAUCACCAGCAGCACCUUCUUCAAAUCGAGAACUUCCGUCAGAACCGCCGUCGCCGCGGUUGAUUCUUCCGACGCCGCUGUAAAGGAAGGUGGAGAAGCUGAAGGUGGGAGCAAGAGCUAUCAUUUCGUUGUGGCGAAUGCGAAGUUUAUGCUGGAUGAGGAGGAGCAUUUCCAAGAGCUGAUGUCGGAGCGCCUCCGGCUUUAUGGGGAGAGGAACAUGGAGCAGGAUUUCUGGCUUGUGAUUGAGCCUAAGUUCUUGGAUAAGUUCCCUAACAUUACUAAGAGGCUCAAGAGGCCUGCUGUUGCUCUUGUUUCCACCAAUGGCCCUUGGAUCACGUUCAUGAAGUUAAGACUAGACCGUGUUCUGCAAGAUAGCUUUGAAACCGACAAUCUAGAAGAAGCUCUGGCUUCGAAUCCCAUUGAUCUCAAGUUUGAGAAGCCAGAUAAGUGGACUGCUCCUUAUGCCAAGUAUGAAUACGGGUGGUGGGAGCCAUUCCUCCCCCCCAAAACAUCAAUGGUAUGAUCAUGCAGAGCGAAACCCAUUUUAAAUUUUUGUAAGUGCUCGUUACAUUAGCUUUCUAUCUGUUAGUUUUUAAGAGAUGGUAUAUGUAGAUUCGUUCAUAGGGGUGCAGGCAUGAACUGAGAUUUCUUCUGCUGUUAAUGUUACUAUGCAUCAAUAUAUUAAAACGAACCACAAA